AGAAAUAACUUGUAAGAACAACAUGGAAAAUUAUGUUUUGUCUACAGCUGGUAGUGUCGGCGUAAGAUGGAGCAUGGCCAUGAGCCAGCAGCUCCAUUAAUGCUCCGCAUUUCUCAUUUCUACAUACAAACAAAUAAGUAGAGAUGAAAAAAUAAUCUCAUUCAUUCUCUCUCUAUAUAUAUUUUCUCCAGUAGACUUGUGGAGUGAAGACAGCACAAGAAGAAGAAGUAGAAACGAUCAAGAAGAAGAUUGAUUGCAUUAAACGCAUUCAAUUCUCAACACUUUCUCUCUAUCUCUUUUAUGAAGUUAAUUUCAUUUAUUAACUUUACGUUCUAUAGAUAAAUAUACUUUCACGCACCCAACAACAACAACAACAACGAAAAGUAAAAGAAAGGAAAUCAGAAAAGGAGAAAGGCAGGCAGACAAAAACUUGGAAAAUUCAGCUCUUUAUCUUUCCGCAAAAUCUAAAUUAUCUUCUUCGGCAAUCAUUUUUCUUUCUAUUAAUCGAUUGACUUGAAACAGUUGACAAGAAAUUCUGUUUCGGGAUCGAAAUUUUGAAGUAUUUAUCAAGUAAGAGAUCUUGGAUUGAAAUUAAUUUAUUCAAUGAUCUAAGGGAAUACAGUGGAGUAAGUGAAGAUCCGAAGGAAACGAAUAACUAUAGUUUUGUUGUUUUUAAUAAGUUAGGCAUCUAAAUGGAUUUCUCGGAAAUGGAUUCAAGUUAGAAACUAUUGGUAUUUCUCACCGGAGAUGGUGUAAAAGGAGGAGCUGUGGAAAUCAUUAAGGAAUUAAGUUUUUAUCAGGAAAUUUAAAUUUCUUGGUUUUUUUUUUGAAAGAGUGGAUUCAUGGAAUCACAUAUGGAUCAUUACGAGCUUAUGGAGCAGAUCGGUCGUGGAGCUUUUGGAGCUGCGAUUCUUGUAAAUCACAAAGUGGAGAGGAAAAAAUAUGUGUUGAAGAAAAUCAGGCUUGCACGACAAACCGACCGAUGCAGAAGAUCAGCUCAUCAAGAGAUGGCUCUCAUUGCUCGAAUUCAACACCCGUACAUUGUCGAAUUUAAGGAAGCCUGGGUGGAGAAGGGUUGUUAUGUAUGCAUAGUCACUGGAUACUGCGAAGGCGGAGACAUGGCUGAAUUGAUGAAAAAAUUGAACGGCGCAUUUUUCCCUGAGGAGAAACUCUUGAAGUGGUUCACGCAAUUGCUAUUAGCAGUUGAAUAUUUGCAUUCAAAUUAUGUUCUACACAGAGAUUUAAAGUGUUCCAAUAUCUUUCUUACCGGAAAAGACCAGGAUGUACGUCUUGGGGAUUUUGGACUUGCUAAAACUCUGAAGGCUGAUGAUUUGACUUCUUCCGUGGUCGGGACGCCCAAUUAUAUGUGCCCGGAACUGCUAGCCGAUAUUCCUUACGGCUUUAAAUCAGAUAUCUGGUCUCUAGGGUGCUGUAUUUACGAGAUGGCAGCUCACCGCCCUGCAUUUAAAGCUUUUGACAUGGCAGGAUUAAUAAGCAAGAUAAAUCGCUCCUCCAUGGGUCCUCUACCUCCUUGUUAUUCCUCUUCCUUGAAAACACUCAUCAAAAGCAUGCUAAGGAAGAACCCAGAGCAUCGACCAAACGCAUCCCAGAUACUGAGGCAUCCAUAUUUGCAGCCUUAUGUUGACCAGUACCGGCAGUCCACAAUGCAUAAGGCUAAGCUAUCUCCUGAAAAGCCAGUUUCUAAUGUGAGACGUGCUCAGAAACAAAUGGUUGAAAGCCAGAGCAGUAACAGUUCUGGCAGUGACAAAGAGAGUUUAGUCUCUGGUGAUAGAAGCAACUCAGAUAUGGCUUUUAAUUGCGAAAAUGAAGUUGAUUCUGAUCAGCCAAUGGCUAAUGAGCAUAUCACCAACCCGUCCACUGGCAAAAUAGAUGAACAGUAUGGGAUGGAGCUUCACGAGGAUCCUAGACCAAGAGCUGAAUCUAAGCAACCGAAGACCAUCAAAAAUAUAAUGAUGGCUCUAAAAGAAGAGGGAAGAAUUAGAGAGAGUAGUUCUCCCUUAAGGAGCAACAAAUUAAAGGUUGGAGCCAGUCAGAAACCUAGCAUAGAAUCAUCUCCUAAGAUUAUUCCAAAAUCCAACACCGCAGCCUCUGCUUUGAAAUCCAACACGGAAACGGCUAUUAUGGUUAUACCAGCUAAAACCAACAGUGAUUCUGCAAGACGUGUCCAAGGACCAAGUCCUAUAAAGCACCAGUCACCUGUAUUCGAGCAUUCUCCAAAAAAUAAAGCUAGAUAUGAUGGAACAUCACCUUCUGGUUCAGCAAAACAAAUUCUAGAAGAUGGAGUUCCUAGUAAGCCAAAGCAACGACCUUCGCCUCCCAGUCUAGUUAGGCGACCAUCAUUUCCAGGGCAGAGACCUGCUGUGUCUGACUCUGCAAGCCCAGUGAACAAUUGCACAAGGCCAACCUCAAGUGAUACGCAAGAAUCUGAAAGGACAUCGAACUUGGUGACCAAUGGUCAUAAGCAUACUUCAAGAGAGAUCAUGCGGGAGUCGGAAAAGAAUUCAUCUGGGGCAUGUAUUGCUAUAAGAACGGAAAGCAGUAACUCAGCAUCAUCAUCGAGGUCAAUUCAAGGUUAUGAGCCCUGCAACGAGACAGCAGAACCGUUAAUUAAGUUGAAGGAACAGAACAACUCCAGUUUGUCAGACUUGAUAGGUCCGAAAGAAAGACUCCCCCGCCCUGAAAGUUCUGAUUCUCGUCCACCGUCCGGUUCCUCAUUUCCUUCGUAUCUACACUCAACCAGGUCAUCUGAUCAGUCAACUGAAAACCAAGAAUGUAAUUAUGCAUCUCUAGCGUACUCUGUUGAAACAUCUGAGGCAGUUCUGGAUCUGCAGAAGAGUACAACCAGUAACGAUGAAGUGACUUCAAGUUCAGGCCCAGAACCUUACUUCACGAGUUCCGAGCAAGAGUAUAUCUUUAAAGACGAUAUCCCUGAAAGCAGACCCAGUAGCAGGACUGAUAUGAAUCCUCAGCCAAUCCUCACUUCUGCACCGUAUGACGAGGAUCAGUUCAACACUUGUAAUAGUAACUCUGAUAUUCCACCACAAAGAAACAUCCCUUCGACGCCAAGUGGUGAUGAUAAGUUUACUGUAAAAGAGCUUCUGUCAUCCAUAACAGAAAUAACACCACCGGUUACACCUAACCCAAGGAAUUUGCAGAUGGAGAAGGCACUCGUCAUGACGAGCCCAAUCACCGAUAAAACGACACCUACGCACCUACCACCAGCCUUUGAUGAUGUCAUACAUGUCAUACGCCAUAGUAGUUUCCGCGUCGGUAGUGAGCCACCAAUGAUGGAAACAGUGGAAAUGGGGGGUCAGAAUAUGGAUAUGGGAAAGUUGCUAAAUGUGGUUAGGGAUGAUGUGGAGAUGAGAAACACGGCAACAUCUGUAGCCAUGAGAACUUCCAGUGGCUCAGAAUCUAUGACACCAAAAUCAAACUAUUCAGAUGGAUCCGGAUUAAGGGAAAUGGAUGUGAGGAACAACAACCUUCCCAUUCAAAAACUUGAUUUCUCUGAACCAGAAAUAUCCAGUUCUUCCGAGGCUAACAUAGUUAGUUCCAAGGAAGAGGAAACUCCAGUAAAAGAAAUACUUGAUGUGAAGUCUUUUAGGCAGAGGGCAGAUGCACUGGAAGGGUUGUUGGAAUUAUCCGCAGAUCUUUUGCAGCAGAACAGGUUAGAGGAACUAUCUAUUGUGUUAAAGCCAUUUGGAAAGGAAAAGAUCUCUCCGCGGGAGACAGCAAUUUGGUUGGCAAAGAGUCUCAAAGGAAUGAUGACAGAUGAUGUCGGACGCAAUGCUUAAGAUAAGAAACAUCCUAGCUGUGAGUUUCUCUUUGACUCUUCUCUUGUAUCCUUGUCCACAGUUUCUCAAAAGUUUCAACCUCUCUGUCAUCACCUUAUUCAAACUCCAAUUGAAUUCUGAACAUAUAAACCUCCCACUGAUUUGCCUUCCUCUCUUAUUCUUUUCCUUUUCCUCUUAUAUUGAUUGUAUAUAGUGAAGAUACAGUUUGAAAUAAAUCCAAUUUGCCGCCAAAAGCAUGAAAGUUUUGUAAAACCAUUUGGCAUCAUCUCAUUUUUGUUUAAUGUUAUGCUGAUUUUCAAGAAAGCAGUGAUCUUAAAGAUCCCCCAUAUUUCAGUUCAUGUAAUUAUUUUUAAGAUAAUCAUUAUUAGCUCCCACAGGUUUCCAGUCAGGUUCUGGCAAACA